AUGUGCGUCGCUCGCAAGCGUUGCAAGAAUAGCCCCAGCAGCCAGCAUGUCCCUGAGGAUACCUUCCGGCGUCAACCUCCGCGGCGCAAACACUUCUACUCGUGGGUCGCCACGGAUAAGACACAGCUGCAGAAAAAGGAGAAGUUGGUGCUGCAAGGGCUGCUGUACUAUUAUUCCAAGAUAGCCGGCCUCAACAUAAUCUCCACCGACGACAUUCGCGAAUUGGAUGACAAUGCUGUGUGUGUGUGUGUGUGUGUGGCCGACCUCAGCGGCAUCGCCAAAUCGGAAGCUACUCGCGACGGAGCUGCUGAGCAUCCGACCACCACACCUCUCUCGCCACUUCCUGCCCGGAAUGCCGCAGCAAAGGUGGAAAAGGACGUCAUCGUUUUCAUUCACGGUUUCGCCGGUGGGGUGGCGGGUUGGGCGCAGAGCUGGUGCUUUCUGUCGGAGAACUAUCGCGUGCACGCCUUCGAUCUGCCUUGGUUUGCUCGCAGCGAGCGCCGCGCCUCUACCGCAACGUCGCUGCCAGAGGCGAUGAACUACUUCGGUGACUACAUUCACGGGUGGCUCGAACGGCUCGACUUCGGGCAGCCAGUCAUUGUUCUCGCUCACUCCUUCGGGUGGUUUGUCGCCGCGCACUACGCCAUGCGCCACGGCGCCGAAUCCAUCAAACUUCUCCUGCUCUCAGAGCCGUGGGGCUUGGUGCGCGCUAACGCAAACCGGAUGAAGAAGUGCCCGUUGCAGGUGCGUGUGCUGCUGGCCCUCUUCUACAACAUUGGUUUUCUGGAGCUGCUGCGCGCUGUAGGACCGGUGGGACCGUGGCUGCUGCGCCGUCUUCGCCCCGACUUAGAGGUGGUGCACCUUUCUUGGUGA